UUCCUGGCUAGCAACCGUGUCCUGAAAGCGCGCUUAGACCACUACUCAUGCCAACCACACUUUACCUAUUCCUGUCAUACUCUACACGGCCACUGGUGACUGGAGUCUGGAUGGGAGUUGUCGAUCCGAUAGCCGUGCGCUGCCGUAUGCGCAUUGACUCCGUCCCCUGAACUCGGGAAUUCUAGAAGGAGCAAGACGACCACCAAGGUCCUUCUAUUCGAUGAAGGAGGAAGCAAAGGAGAAAGGACAUCUCCUGUCCCAUCCCAUCCCAUCCAUCCCAUCCAUCUCAUCUACAUACCUUCCCCCUACACGCGCCCCCCUACCUCCCGACUGCUACCUGCCCCCGUCAGCAUACCAACACAGAUAUCGAUCCCCCACUUCUACGUAAUUUCUUACGGCAGCAGCAGAAACAGCUACAGCUAUGUCACAGGACAUCCUGAGUGAAUUCGACUCGUUAUAUCAACCACCUCGGGCACCGGCGCCCUCACAGCCAUCGCCGGCACCGCCACCGCCGCCGCAGCACCAUGGCCGGCGGCGCGGCGCAACCGCCACAACCUUCGACGACCUGUUGGGGAUCAUGGACACCGGCCUGAAAUCCAACCCCCGUCCGCCCCAACACCGACCCGUAAGCGCACUGCAGCACCAGGAGCGUCAACGCCGCCCCGUAAGUCUCCAUGGCACACGGUCGUUUGGCCGGCCAGCGGCGCCGAUGGAUCCGUACUCGUCGGGGCUAUUCGAUAUUGGGCCGCAGAGGGGCACCGCUACGAGUGAUCUGUAUGCCAACGACGGGUUCGAUGAUUUCGGGAGCUUUGAGACGGCACGAAGCGGCUCGAGGAGACAGUCGGCGGCGAUGGGCAUGGGGCUGGGGUUGGGUGGCUUUGAAACUGCGGCUCCGAGGCGGCCCUCGGCGUCGAUGAGUAUGGGGCUGGGUGGCUUUGAGGCUGCCGCUCCGAGGGGGCCCUCGGUGGCGAUGGGAAUGGGAAGCUUUGAUCACCCGCCGCCUCCUCCUCGCAGACCGUCGGCGGUGAGGGGCCAUUCACAUUCGCAGAGCUUGUUUGAGAUUUUUGGGCCGAGUGCACCUGUACACACACCGUCGCCGCCACCGCCAGUACAGCAGCAGUUUUGGCAGCAGAGACCAAGUCCCGGGCUGCUGGACCUACGGCCGCCUCCUCCUAUAGCGCCGGAUGUGGAUGAUGAUUUUGGAGAUUUUGUCACUUCGCCGAUCACCACGCCCGAACCACAGAAGGCGUUCGGUUACCGCCCACCGCCGCGCUCACAGAGUGCCCAACCACCACCACCUGCAGCACCAGCAUCACCGUCUAUUCCCCACCAACCCGCACGAACCUCCCUGCCACCCGCCCCAGCACCAGCGCAAUUCCGUACUUCACCAGCACCCGCAGCACACGGUAUAUCACUGCACCGCUUCGCCACGCCGCCCAAGCCGCUCCCCCCGCCCCCGCCAGAACAAUUCCCGCCCGUCGCUGCACUGCUACAAACGCUCUCGCCACUGUUCUUGCUUCCGCAGGAGAAGCUCCUGGACAGCUUGAAGGGCCUUCCGUUCCCGCUGCGGCAGCGCGUGCUCUCGCACCCAAAGACACGGCAGUUUCUCGAGGGCGUGUGUGAAUUUGGGCGCGUGGCCGGGCGGAUCAUUGCCGGUCGCAAGCGGCGCGCCCGGGUGGGAGGUGGUGGUGCAGGCGCCGGCGGGAUGAAACUUGGCGCCGGCGGGGGCCCAGAGGUUCAGAAGGAGGAGAGGGAGGUCAAGGAGGCGUGCAGGAUCUGGAAGGAGGGGACGGGGCGGCUAAAGGCGGCCACGGCGGGAGCGGUGCCGGAGAUUGAUGAGGAGUGGAAGGGCGUGUGGAGGGGUGGGCAGGCUUGUAAACUUUGUAAACUCGGCAAGGGCGAGUUGGUGCCCGCGCUUAAAGAGCAGAAGGACAAGGCCGGAUGGUGGGAUGAGCGCUGGGGUGGACAUGCCAGCUGUCGGGGUUUUUGGGAGAGGUAUGGCGGUGAGGUGAGGAGGGGUGGUUAUUGAGUGUGAUUGAGAAGUUUUGUAUAUAUGUCUGUGGUGACUGCUGACUCCUGAGAGAGAAUAUCAAUGUAUUGUCGUAUAUGGCCUUUCUAGACUAUGACGGUCCGCCUACCCAACCUUUCCUGCCCGCCCGGCCCGACACCUGCGA